AUGGAUGAUAUCGUCCUAGGACUGUCGAAUCUAAAGCUUGAUGAAGAGGCCGAGAAAUAUCUGAACGCCGAGCGAAAGACCUUCCCGGUAUCACCACAGAAAUACCUGAAAAGCGUGGCUUGUACGUCGUCGGAAAGUCCAUACAGUCGUAAAUCGUGCAGUGGAUGGUCUCAGCGGGACAAAUGGUUUGGUUAUGAGAUACUUUGUCGGAAAGAAGGAACGCUGCUGGCCCGUCAAGUUGCGGGAAAAUUCGGUUUCACUUUUCAUCCCGAUGAUCUCGAUCAGUGCGGUACGCGAGAUCCUGAUUACUGGCCUGGGAGAUCUCAAGCCUGCCAUGCAGAGGCGCAACUAAUGGCAUACAUUUAUGACCAAAUGAGUCGAACACCGACGACACUGCACCAACCUGUUGCUAUUUACACAUCUCCUCGACCAGUUUGCGAAUACUGUCAUGACUUUGCUAAGCAUAUCUACGUAACGACAGGGGUUCAAUUUACCUUCUACCGUGAUGGACGGAGAGAGUUGCUAAAAUGCAAGCAUUGCCAGAACAUCAUUGAACUUGGCUUUUCCUGCCCCAAAAUAACCUGCGCCAGGCUUGAUUUGGAGGCAGCCUUCACGACAUGCAGGCAUGCCCUCAUCAACUGGGCGCAAUCUUUGGAGGACUUUGCACAGUAUCUAGAGCUCGCGGAGCAAGCGUUGUCGUCAGCUUUUGAGAAUAGUCAUGAAAUGCGUCGAUUACUAUCUUCGCUCUUGGCUUUGAGAGAAACAACACUGGAUCUCAGCCGUGUCGUGAUCGAGAGCGAAACCACAAUGGAGUCUGCGACUCACGCCUUAUUGUCAAUCUAG